UUUACACCGUAUUUCUCAGUUUUCAUUAAUAAACAUGCUGUCGGUUUACUUAAAUAUAAACAAAAUUUACAAAUAACGGAGAAUGAAUUUUAAAAAAUAUAUUUACAACUUUCACCUUUUGUUUUCCUCCUGAAAUCAGAACUAUGGACCCAGAUAUUUCAAUUAUUUUCCAAGCGACAAAACAUCUUAUAAAACAAACUGAUUGCCAUGUAUUCCUGGAAUCUGAUUUUAAUCGCCGUCCUCUUCCAAAUCAGUUAGAAGAAGAAAUAAACAAUGUUUGGAAAAUAAGGCAGUCGAAGAACAUGACUUUAUAUAAUGGCACCAAGUUUCGUGUCCAUGCUGUUUUUCCGUCUGUAGAUAAAAAAGGAGUCAAUUUACAAUUAGGAGUUACUUGUUAUAGAGACUUUCUCGGAACCAACUGGUCGUUUCGGUCCCAACAUCUGCAAACUGUUGGCCUCGCCCUCUUUGGUAAUUCUCAAGCCUGUAUGUCAGAUCCUUUGGGCGUUGGUUCGUUGUUAUUAACGAGCGAUCAAAGAAUUAUUCUCUUAAAACGUAGCCAAAACUGUGCCGAAGCCCCUGGUCUGUGGGACAUACCUGGUGGACAUGCGGAACCUCAGGAAUUGGUUGGGUCUGUGACAAUGGAAAAAAUUGAUGUAGAAUCUAUGUCUCCUGCUGCUGUUGUCAAAGAAUUGUAUAACUCUGUGGUGCGAGAGAUAAGAGAUGAAGUAAACAUUCCAGAAGAUACGCUUUUGGAACCAGAACUGAUGGGCGUUGCAAGCAAUUUGACAAGUGCUGGCAGACCAAGUUUGGAGUUCUUUGUAAGAUGCAGUUUACCCUCAUCCAAAGUAUUACAGUUGUAUCUUCAAGGAAACCAGAGUGAAGCAGAUGAAUCAACACAUAUCCAGUGCCUUUCAGUUAAUGAUGUCUUGAAGCUGCAAGAAAAUAACAAACAGCUCUGGAGUCUGUUGGCGCCAUCAGCAAAAGGAUGUUUUAUUCUUUUCAUCAACAUGGUUUUAAACAACGUUUUAACACUGAAUUCCAAUAGCAGUAUUACCAAUUCCAUUGAGCCUUAAUGUCUUAUUUACCAUUAUGGAAUACAAUGGCAUUGCAUAAAAUUCAUUGUUAAUCUUGGUUCCAAAUUGGGGACAACAGUUUAAACUCUGGUCAUUUUUACCAAACAACACACCUCUCUGUCUGUUUCAAUUCAUUUUUAAAAUAUUGAAUUGAAUGGGUUUAUCAAAAUAACUAAUUUUUUCCAUUGAUGGUUUUCCUAUGCAAAUACAACUAAAUAAAAGAUUUCUACAUGACAUUUUGAUGGAAAUCUUACUGA